CCAAAGGACAUUCACAUGUCUUUGUUUGUUGUGAAUAUAAAAAAUUCCUCCAACUCUUCGCUUACAGUUGGUUCACCAUCUGUCACUCAUUAUUCACACCACACACACUCGCACCCAAUUCUCAACUGCAGAGAGAGAACUAGAUUGCUUGCUAGUUAUUGGUGCACAAGCCUAAAGGAAGAACUUUUAUCUUCCAGAAUUUUGGUUCUUAUGGAUUCUAAAAUUCUUUUUCUACUUUCAUCCUUGUUAACUCUAUCACUAGCUCAAGAAAUUGAACCAGCAACAACAGCCAACCCCCAAAUCACUGUUAUGGGUAUUGUUUACUGUGAUAUCUGCUCCAACAACACCUUCUCCAGGCACAGCUACUUCUUACCAGGUGUGGAUGUUAAAAUAGACUGCACAUUCAAAGCAACUUCUCCACAAACAAUUGAACAGAUAGCAUUCUCGGUCAAUAGAACUACAAACCAGUAUGGAGUCUAUAAGUCGGAAAUACCUUCAGUUGAUGGAAUUGAUUGUGCAAGGGAUAAAGCAAUGGUGUCAUCCUGCAGGGCAAGCUUGAUGUGGAGCUCAUCUUCUUCAUGCAACAUUCCUGGUCACAUAACCACGUCAGAUGGGAUAGCAGUUAAAUCAAGACGAUCCAAUCUCUGCAUUUACAGCCUAAAUGCAUUGAAUUACAGACCAUCCAGGAGAGAUAUUACCUUGUGUAAAAAUUAGGAACUGUACUAAAGUUUUUUCCAUCUGCCUACUCUGCCUUUUCCAAGUCUCAUGCUCUAAGAAUAACUACCCACAAAAAUUUUCGCGUAUGUACAAUUUGGUUGCAUGAAUAUGUUGUAUUCAAGUUUUUCAUUUUACUACAAUAAAAAUGAAAUUUGCAAGCAUUAUCCAGAAAGCAUUGAGGAGAAAGAGAGUUGAUUGA